UCGUAGUCUCGCGAUACUUGAGGCGAGAUCUGGGUCGACAGAAGCUGAGCUGUGUAAAAUCAUGGCGGAGCGCAGGAGACAUAAGAAACGUAUCCAGGAGGUGAGCAAGCCUACCAAGGAGGAGAAGGCGGUGGCCAAGUACAUGCGCUUCAACUGUCCCACCAAGUCCACCAACAUGAUGGGCCAGCGAGUGGACUACUUCACCGCAUCCAAGGCGGUGGACUGCUUACUGGACUCCAAGUGGGCCAAAGCCAAGAAAGGCGAGGAAGCGGUCUUCACCACCAGGGACUCGGUGGCCGACUACUGCAACAGACUCCUCAAGAAGCAGUUCUUCCAGCGAGCGCUCAAAGUGAUGAAGAAAAAGGCUGAGAAGGAGCCCAAGGCUGAGAAGGAGCCCAAGAAGGAGAAGAAGUCCAAGGGUGACAGUGGGAAGGAAGAAGACAAAAAGGGGAAGAAGGACAAAGACAAGAAGAAGGAGGUGGCAGACUCUGGCGAAGCCAAGAAGGACAAAAGUGACGAAAGCCCCAAGAAGAAGAAGGAGGUGAAGAAGAAGUUCAAACUGGAGCUGCACGAGGACCAGCUCUUCCUCGACGGAAACGAGGUGUACGUGUGGAUUUAUGACCCUGUCCCCUUCAAGACAUUCGCCAUGGGGCUGAUCUUGGUGAUUGCCGUGAUCGCCGCUACGCUCUUCCCGCUAUGGCCCGCGGAGAUGCGCGUGGGGGUCUACUAUUUGAGCGUGGCCGCCGGAUGCUUCGUGGCCAGCAUUCUGUUCCUCGCCGUCGCUCGCUGCAUACUGUUCCUGCUCAUCUGGCUGCUGACCGGCGGGCGUCACCACUUCUGGUUCCUACCCAACCUGACGGCCGACGUCGGUUUCAUCGACUCCUUCCGCCCGCUCUACACGCACGAGUACAAAGGCCCGCGAGGCGCCAGCAAGAAGUCCAAAGACAACAAAGACGGCGACGCAAGCCAGGCCCGCAAGUCAGACAGCGACGACAACAAGUCAGACAGCGAGAAGAAGGACGACGACGAGGAGGAGGACGACGAAGACGAUGACAAGGAGCGUAAAAGCGGCGAGGAGCAAGAGGAGGAGGAGGAAGAGCGACACUCGGACACAGACAGCGAGCGCAAGGAAGAGGAAGGAUCGCAGCACAGCAACGGCAACGACUUUGAGAUGAUCACCAGGGAGGAACUGGACCAGCACACGGAAGAAGACGAAGACGAGGAAGACAAAGAGAAAGAAGAGGGCAAAGAGACUCAAGUGGAAGCGGCUCAAUCAUAAACUAAGAAAAAAAGAAAAAAAAAAAGGUCCCAUCACCCUCGACUGACUUCUUGCCCCCACGCGAGCUCAUCUGCCAUCCUUUCCUGAGUCGAUUUCACUUUCGGGUUGCAAAACUUUGGGCAUUUUCCAAAUAGGAAACGUUUCACAAAAAUUAACGGGAAUAAAGCGGGAAUUUAUCAAAUUGAUGUUUGGCUCCUAUUAGGGAACUUUAAAUAUAGUUAGGGGGGAUAUGGUGCAAUCAAAUUAAGGUAAUGUCCUCGCAUGUGGGCAAGGAGAGCUAUCAGUUCUCUGCUUAUGACAGAGCAAGUUCAAUAUACGCUUGAAUGUGAUAGCUUUCCGUUCAUUCCAUUUAGUUCUGCUCAAUUUUCAUGGUUAACACUUUGGAAUUCCAAAAUUCCCCAGGAAAUUUGAUGUCACCCCUAAAAAAAAAAGAACGCGAAACAUUCACACAUUUGUACCGCUUUUUUUGGUGUCAUCGCAGCCCGCAUCCCAAUGUGAUGGAGAGGGACCAAACUUUGUUUUUAAAGGAACUUAAAAAGGCGCUCAGAAUUUCACCAAGGUGAACUUGAUUUUUAUUUUUUGGGUGCACGCACGCUUGGUCAACAAGAUCGCAGUCUAGUUUCAAAGUUCAAGUCAAGGUUCAAAAUAGACGGUGCCAAACAACGCAAUGAGUGUCGUUCACAAACGAGAGCACAGUGUGGAAGUGUUGACUAGGAUCACAUUCUGAAAUGUAUCAUUUAGAUUUGAUCAAGGAGCAGUAGGGACACACACAAAACAAAUCUUUCGUUUCCUGGAGAAAAAAAAAUCGACCGAGACAAAGUAACGGUGUCAUUAUUUCGUUAUUCGGUGCGUCUCUCCCACUCCUUGGUAGUAUUUGGAUCUAUGAGCUAUAAUUAUGCAUACCGUGUUUGCAGUCCAUGUAACUGCCUCUUUGCGUCUUCUCCAUUAGGAGGUUUUAAAUAUAGAUAUAUAAAUAUUCCUCUCCCUGCCACCGUGUGUAUUUAGUUUUUAUAUGAUUAUGUCAACGUAACAGUAGAAAUGUCCCCAUUGGCUGCUUUUUUCGUCCUGCCCUUUUAAUUUAUUUCACUCACUAUUCUUUUUUACUAUUUCCCAUUUCAUGUAGUCAUCCUUUGUGUUGAUUCUUUUGUCUCCCUCCACUUGCUCUUGUACAAUAUGGUCUAAAUAUAUACGACAUGAAAAUGACUUAUCGCUCAUUACAGCGGACGAGUGGAAAGUUGUGGAUGUCAAUGCUCUCUCUUGUGUCCUCUGACCGCCGAUAGCUGUUCACAUUUGAUUCUCAUGCAAUAUUGGAGUAUAAUUUAAUAAUAAAAAAAAAAAUAAUGGAUGUCUGGAUAUAUCUUAUUGCAAUAAAAACAUAGAAAGUA